AUGGACCCUCAGGCCGCGCUCGACGCGCCGCGCCUGUGCGUGGAGGCCACGGGCGGGGCGGUCGGCCUGCAGGAGCCCGCCUCCCGCCACAGCUCGGGCGUCGUCCUUCUGCUCGAGGACGGCAUCCCGGACGAGGUGGCCGAGGAGCUGCGCCGCAAGGGGCACGCCGUGCGCGGGCCGGUGUGCGGCGAGGGGCGGCUUGUCUUUGGCAAGGGGCAGGUCAUCCAGCGGCGAGCCGUGCCCUCCCCGCCCGGCGCUGAGGGACCGCGCGCUGUCCUCUGGGCCGGAUCGGACGGACGAGCGGACGGAGCGGCCUUGGGAUGGUAA